UCUUUUUGCUUUUCUUUUUCUCUCCUCUUCUCAACUUCUCAGCUCUCACGCGACGGCGGGAUCGGCGGCCGGUGCCCAUCUCUUCCCAUCCGGAGCCGCGGCGGGCGAGCGGGCGAGCGGCGACCUCGCUGUCGCCAGCCACGCCGCCUCCACGGUGCCGUGCACCUCCUCAGCGCGACACCGGCGGAGGAUGCGGAGGAGCGGCCCACCCGCCGCCCGCCGCAGGCCGAGCGCAGGGAGUCCGCCAAGCUGCGCAUCAACCGCGCCCUCAACCAGAGCGGCUCUGUCGGCCGCGCCUUCGGCAGCCGGUUCGGCAUCGUUGUGAUGCUCUUCACCAGGACCGAGAGCUUCAUUCGCGACCAGUGCGACGUCGCCGACGACUGGGUCAACACCGUCGCCGCGGGGGCCAGCGCCGGGGCGCUCUACCGCAUCGCGUCCGGCCCAAGGUCGAUGAUCGUCGCCGACAUCCUCGGCGGAGUCCUGUCCGGCGCCGCCGUCGCGGGGAAGCCGAUGCUUCAGAGAUUCGCACCGAAGCUAUCCGCCAGAUUGGACUAUUUACUUUGAGUAAGAUUUCAGGUUAAUUACUACUCAGCGUUGUGCGCGCCUGGAGAUGUUUUUAUUCGUA